CUUUUAACAAGUUUGUACUCGAACAGGAAAAACAAGUUGUCAUCGAUUUCAACAUUUUGAGCCAUGAGUAUUAUAGGUGGACUUAUUGCAUCUACCAUAAAGAGUGUAGUAGUACUUCAUAGGAGGAGUGGUAUCAUAACUACCAAUAAGACAGUUGUUGGACGUUUCAUGAGCAGCAAGGUGGCUGCUAGAUGUUAUGACGAUGAACAUGACGGGCAGUCAUUCAAGAAUACGGUACAAGAUAGAAACCACGAGGAACGUAAAGAAAGCUGUUGGAUUCCAGAUUCUCGAACAGGAAUAUAUUAUCCGAAAGGUCACCAAUUGGUGCUGAAAGAUGUUCCUGAUGGUGCUGCAAGUUUCACUUAUACUUAUUGGCAUAGGAAUAGCGAUCUCAACGGAGUUUAACUAAUUUCUAUAUAUAUUCAUCAACUAUAUAUACCAUUAUUAUGGCUUCUGUUCGAAUGAGACUCAUGGGACUAGAGUUUAAAAAGACCGAUUGUGUGGUGCGUGUGCUUGAAGAUUAUUGGGGUGUGCGUGGAGAUUUCUUUUUUUUUUUUUUAAGAUGGAUGCUGAUUAGUUAUGCGAGUAUAUUUUUACUAGCUUGUUUCUUUGCCUAUUUUAUGCGAUUUGUUGCAUAGUCUUAAGCUAGAUCUUCCUAGGUUUUCUUGUUUGGUUUCAUUUUAUUACUUAUAUGGGGCAUAUGACAUAUCCCAUAUAUGAAGUUAUGAACUAGUGUAGCUUUACUACUUGUAGUUUAUUAUUUUGAGUGUUGUUAUAAAAUUCAACAGGGAUUUAAAUUCCCUUUA